GUACAUGUAAUUUUGUUGAGCUGCUUGCAGUAAAUAAAAGGAAAUUGGUAAAAUUUUGGAUAAAUAAUUUAGCUGAAAUGGCGUCGCUAGAACCCGCACAAAAUAAAACUUGGGAUUUGUCAUUGUACGAACUGCAACGAAAACCUCAAGAAAUAAUAACUGAUAACACUGAAAUUGCCGUUUCGCCAAGAAGUCUACAUAGUGAGCUUAUGUGUCCUAUAUGUUUGGAUAUGUUAAAGAAAACUAUGACCACAAAGGAAUGCUUGCAUCGUUUCUGUCAGGAUUGCAUAAUAACUGCUUUACGAUCAGGUAAUAAGGAAUGCCCCACUUGUCGUAAAAAGUUAGUGUCAAAGAGAUCAUUGCGACCUGAUCCAAACUUUGACUUAUUAAUUUCAAAAAUUUAUCCCAGCCGAGAAGAAUAUGAAGCUAUUCAAGAAAAGGUAAUGGCGAAAUUUAAUCAAACGCAGUCUCAGCAGGCUUUAGUAAAUUCCAUUAAUGAAGGCAUCAAAUUACAAAGUCAAAACAGACCACUGCGUUUUAGAACCAAGGGCGCUGGAGGCCGAGGUGGUAAUCACAAUAGUUCGCAUAUUCACAACGUCUCUAAUGAAAGUAACACCAACGGCAAUGAAAGUGACAAUAGGGAUAGUGGAGCAGGAACCAACAAUUCAAGUAAUGCACCUUCGUCGACACAUUCCAAUACUACAACGACGACUACUACCAGCGUGUCAAGUGGAGUGCAAGGUGCAGGUGCUAGCACCUCAGCCAAUCGCUUGCAACAAGAUGAUGGGGCCUCUAAUCCGCCGUCGGUGCGAAGUACUCCAUCGCCGGUACCAUCUAAUUCUAGUAGUUCGAAACCUAAACGGGCUAUGUCAGUUUUGACAUCGGAGCGCUCCGAAGAAUCUGAAUCCGAUUCGCAAAUGGACUGUCGCACCGAAGGUGACUCCAAUAUUGACACUGAAGGCGAAGGCAAUGGAGAGUUAGGUAUUAAUGAUGAAAUAGAACUAGUUUUUAAACCACAUCCCACCGAAAUGGCGGGAGAUAAUCAGCUCAUGAAAGCCUUAAAGGAAAGCUGCAUUCGAUAUAUAAAGACAACAGCGAAUGCUACUGUGGAUCAUUUGAGCAAGUAUUUGGCGUUGCGUUUAACUUUGGAUUUAGGUUCCGAGCUCCCAGAAGCUUAUCGCAUGUUAAAUUUUUGCAUUUAUAUAGCACCUCAGCCGCAACAGUUGGUCAUUUUGAAUGGCAAUCAAACUCUACAUCAGGUCAACGAAAAAUUUUGGAAGGUAAACAAACCCAUGGAAAUGUAUUAUUCGUGGAAAAAAUCCUAAAUGUUAGGUCAUGUGAUCUUUGAUAUUAAUUAGCGUAUUAACCCCUUAAGACCAACGCUAAGCUCGUUUUGAAAUUAUAAUUUUUAUUUAUAUGUAGUAUAUAAAAAUAAUGCCAUAAAGGCAUGACAUGAUAAAAUGUAAUUAUUGCGGAGAGUCACUCUAGGCGUGGUCGAACAUUUGCUUAACAAAAGGAAUGCCGAAACAAUAAAAUAUUUA